CGCCCGCGGCUGCCGGGCCAUGGAGCUCAUCGAACUGCGGGAGCUGCAGCCGGAGCCGCGGCCGGGCCGGGGCCGCCUGGAACGGACCAACGCGCUGCGCAUCAGCCCGGCGCGCCGGCCCGGCCCCGGAGCGCACCCGGACCCGCGCCUGACGGCGGCCCCGGGCGCCGGGCACCGCUUCGAGCCGCGGCGCCGCGGGCUCCACACCUGGUGCGACCUCUGCGGGGACUUCGUCUGGGGCGGCGGCAGGAAGAGCCUCCAGUGCCGCCACUGCAGCUUCACAUGCCACUACCGGUGCCGGGCCCUGGUGCGGCUGGACUGCAGUGGCCCCCCGGGUACCGGCGAGGAGGAGGAUGGCACCGAGCAGGCACUGGAGAAGGACACCAACGUGGAUGAGCCCAGCGAGUGGGAGAAGACAGAGCUGGACCAGGCGCAGGUGGAGCAGCGGAUCAAGGAGUACAACAGCCAGAUCAACAGCAACCUCUUCAUGAGCCUGAACAAGGAUGGCUCCUACACUGGCUUCAUCAAGGUGCAGCUGAAGCUGGUGCGUCCCGUGUCGGUGCCGGCCACCAAGCGGGUGCCCUCACUGCAGGCCGGGCGGUCGGGGCAGCGCACGCCGGCCGUGAAGCGCCGCACGUCCUUCUACCUGCCCAAGGGCACCGUCAAGCACCUGCACAUCCUGUCGCACACCCGCGCCAGCGAGGUCAUCGAUGCCCUCCUCCGCAAGUUCACCGUCGUCGACAACCCCCGCAAGUUCGCCCUCUUUGAGAGGUCCGAGAAGGAUGAGCAAGUGUACCUGCGGAAGCUGGGUGAUGAGGAGCAGCCCCUGCGGCUGCGGUUGCUGGCUGGCCCCAGCGAGAAGGUUCUCAGCUUCGUCCUGAAGGAGAACGAGACUGGGGAGGUGAACUGGGACGCCUUCACGCUGCCGGAGCUGCACAAUUUCCUGCGCAUCCUGCAGCGGGAGGAGGAGGAGCAUGUGCGCCAGCUGCGGCACCGCUACGCGCGCUGCCGCCAGAAGAUGCAGGAGGCGCUGGCCACGCACACGCCGGGAUGACCGCGCCGCCGGCACCCGUGGCCAGCCAGCGCGCCGGGACCCUCGCCUGCCGGCGGGUGGGGGCACCGGGGGAUUAGGGGGUGGAUCGGGGCUCCCCGGGACCCGCCGGGCCGUGGCGGCCCCCAUGGGGCUGGCCCGGGGAGUGGGGGUCCCCGCGGUGAGUCAGUGUCCCCAGGGGAGGCGGGGCAUCGAGGACCAAUAAAGGCAUCUUGGUGACGA